AUGGAUCAGUUCCACUUCAUCCAGCGUCACCACAAAAGGUGGCUGUCAAAACAGGAGCUGCAUCAGUACUGCACUUCUAGGAUGGCCUCGAAAAACCGUGACCCAGCUGCUGCCAGCGCUGCCACCGUUCGAAAAGGAGCCGAGCCCUGCGGGGGCGCCGCCCAGGGCCCUGUAGGUAAGAGGCUACAGCAGGAGCUGAUGACCCUUAUGAUGUCUGGUGACAAAGGAAUUUCCGCCUUCCCUGAAUCAGACAACCUGUUCAAAUGGGUGGGGACCAUCCACGGAGCAGCUGGUACCGUAUAUGAAGACCUGAGGUAUAAGCUCUCCCUAGAGUUCCCCAGUGGCUACCCUUACAACGCCCCCACAGUGAAGUUCCUCAACCCCUGCUACCACCCCAACGUGGACACCCAGGGCAACAUCUGCCUGGACAUCCUCAAGGAGAAGUGGUCUGCACUCUAUGACGUCAGGACCAUCUUACUCUCUAUCCAGAGCCUGCUAGGAGAACCCAACAUCGAUAGCCCUUUGAACACACAUGCUGCGGAGCUUUGGAAAAACCCCACAGCAUUUAAGAAGCACCUGCAAGAAACCUAUUCAAAGCAGGUCUCCAGCCAAGAGCCCUGAUGCACACUGUCCACCUCUCAUUUGUGCUGUCUUUUUUUCUUAGACUGUCUG